CUAUACUCCUUCAAACUCUCUCAGGACUUGAUCUCCAAGUGGGAGAAGUAUGUCCAGGAGCACCAUCUCUAUGACAACCGUAUGGAAGACUUCAAGGACUGGAUGGCCCUGGCUGGUCAGCGGCUUGACCAGUGCUCUCAGCCUGUGGGAGACCAGGAGUCACUGGAGGAGAAGAGGGCAAUGAUCCAGAUGCUUUUCACGGAAAAGGAACACGGUCAUCAAAAACUGAGUGCAGCCGUGGAGUCUGGAGAAAAGCUGUACCCAGACACGGCAUCUGCUGGCCGGGAGAAAGUUCGCGGUGAACUCCGUAUGGCCAAACAGGACUGGGAGAAUCUGUUCUCCGGCCUGAACGACGCUCAGCGCCGGGUGGACUCCUAUCUCAUGCAGUGGAGCUCCUACACAGACCAGCAGGAUCAGCUGAUGCGAUGGAUGGCGGAGACGGAAGCUGCUCUCCGGGCUGAUGUAGACCUCCGCAAUACGUUGCAGGAAAAGAGGCUUCAGCUUCAGACCCACAGGGUGAGGGUUUAAACCCCUUUCUCUUUUGAUUUUCUUUUUUUCUGUUACUUGCUGUUCCCUUUUAUAUUUGCUAUAGAUUGUUGGGGGAUAAAUAUGACUUUCUUAUCUUUUAUUUACACAAUUUAUUUGCUUGAUAAUUUUGUGUGUGUUUUUUGGGGGGAGGGGGAGGGGAUUCUUCUGCUUUACAGAUACCAGUUUAUUUGUUCUGUGGUACAUUUCUUCUGUGUAGAGCAGAUUAUUCAGAUAGAUUUUUACCCUCGAUAUUUUCUCACAGGGUUUAUUGUAGGUACUAUAAAUUACCGUUGUUGAUGUAGCAAAGAGGCAAUUCCAGUGAAUAAAUA